AUGGCGGAGGAGCGGGCCAAGGAGCAGGCCGAGGCGCUGGCGGCGCGGGCCCAGGAGAUGUCCGCCCAGUCGCAGGAGCAGCUGGACGCACUGCUGCAGAAGCUCAUGGACCUGAUGUCGCAGCUGAGGGUGCAGGACAUGGUGGAGUCUGCCCAGCACAUGGCGGAGGAGUACGCCGAGAAGGCGCAGCGCGCGGCGCAUGAUCUGCAGGACUCGGAUGCUGUCAGGCAAGGGCUCGAGAAGGCCAAGGGCUUGGGCCAGGAGGCAGUCGCGAAAGCGUCGAAGGUGGCAGAGGACGUGAUGCAGUCGGAGGAGUUCCAGAAGAGAGCCGCCAAAGCGCAGGAGAUGUCCAAGGAGGCAGUCGCGAAAGCGUCGAAGGUGGCAGAGGACGUGAUGCAGUCGGAGGAGUUCCAGAAGAGAGCCGCCAAAGCGCAGGAGAUGUCCAAGGAGGCAGUCGCGAAAGCGUCGAAGGUGGCGGGGGACGUGAUGCAAUCGGAGGAGUUCCAGAAGGCCGCCGCCAAGGCGCAGGAUGUGUCCAAGGAGGCCGUCGCGAAAGCGUCGAAGGUGGCGGAGGACGUGAGGCAGUCGGAGGAAUUUCAGACGGCCGCCGCCAAGGCGCAGGAAGGAGCCUCCGCUGCGAGCUCGGCCGCACAAGGUGCUAAGGAAGAGGUUGCCAGAGCGACCAGGGACGCCAAUAAAAACGUCUUUGGCCAGCCGUGA